AUGAAAGUUGUCACAUCUGAUUUGCCAAGCCGACGGGUUACGCCCCAAGAUUGGCCACACAUUCAUGGAUUAGUGUUAGCUGAUCCAACUUACUUCGAACCAGGAAAAAUUGAUCUGCUCAUCGGCUCAGAAUGGUCUGCAUCGAUCAUGUUACCAGACACACGCAUCGGUCAACCAAAUCACCCAAUCGCUCGAAAUACAUACUUUGGGUGGAUUUUGCAUGGCCAGACAGCAUCAAUUUCCAAACCAAAUUCAGCUAACAAUCAAAAGGUCACCAUACGGACUCAUCACACGUCCAUCGACCUCACCUCACUAUUUCACGACUUCAUCGAAGCUGAAAGAAUACCGCAAGAGAAAUCGCAUACCGAAGAGGAAAAAUGGUUUAUGGAUUUCUUCAAACAAACGCAUCAUCGUCAACCCAAUGGAAAAUACAUGGUGCGUCUUCCAUUCAAAUCAUACAAUUUAGGGCGCUCACAUCAAAUUGGCGUGAAUUGGUUUCAUCGUUUGGAACGCCGUUUCAAUCGCGUGGAAGGUUUGCGAGAGCGCUACGAAGCAGCACCAGCCCCUGCGAUUGCUAUCUCGGUGAUGCACCAGAUUGCCAAUGAUGAGAAGGAGAAUUUUCCGCACGCCGAAUCGAUUCUAAAGCAAGAAAUGUACGUCGACGAUGUACAAUCUGGCGGGCAUUCGAUCGAAAGUGCCUUAGCUAAACGAGAUGAUUUAAUCGGUGCACUCAAAUCAGCGGGUAUGGAGCUGCGGAAAUGGGGCAGCAACCAUCCAUCGUUAUUAUCAUCGAUUCCAAUUGAGCAUCAAUCCAUAAAUUCAGCGUUAGAGUUCAACACGGACGAAACCGUCAAAACGCUCGGAAUGAUUUGGCAACCUGGCACCGAUCAAUUCAAAUACAAACUCCGAUUUGAACCAGCAAAAAUUGCGACGAAACGAGCUGUUUUGUCAACAACUGCUCGCCUCUACGAUCCGUUGGGUUACAUCGCACCGGUUGUGGUCGUUGCAAAAAUCAUUCUCAAACGCAUCUGGGGCCAUAACUCAUCAACUCACAAUGAUGCUCAAUCGAACCAAGAGACAGCAUUGAAUUGGGACGACGUUUUACCAGAAUCGCGCAACGAACUUUGGAACAAAUUUCUGGUGGAAUUGCCUGACAUCGAAAAGAUAUCCAUACCAAGAUGGAUCCAAUUUGCGCCGAAUCAAAUUCAAUCAAUCGAGUUACAUGCAUUUUGUGACGGCGCAACAUCAGCAUAUGCAGCAAAUGUGUACAUACGAAUGCAGUACAGCAAUGGAUUGGUACACACGCAUCUACUCAUCGCCAAAAGCAAGGUAACUCCAACCAAACCAUUAAACAUUCCACGAAUCGAAUUGUGUGGAGCUGAACUUGCCACUCGAUUAGCAGUUUGGGUAAAAUCAAAUCUUCAGAUCUCAGUCGAUCAAAUUCCGAUUUACUUUUGGUGUGACGCAACGGUUGUGUUACAUUGGAUUCAUGGAGACAUCUCACGUUGGAAAACGUACGUUGCAAAUCGAAUUAGUAAGAUUUUAUCAUCAACGUCACCCAAACAAUGGAGCCAUGUUGGCACUCACGAUAAUCCUGCCGAUUGUGCCACUCGUGGAUUGACACCGACACAGUUAUCCAAGUUCGAUUUGUGGUGGAAGGGACCGGAGUGGUUAGUCAAAUCAAAAAAGGACUGGCCUACAUUCAAACCGGGCGUCAUUAGCUUCAGUGAGGAUUUGGCAGAAGUAAAGUCAUCCGAAAUUCAUGUUCAUGUGAGCAUUCAAACCGAAUCGAUUAUGUUUCUGUAUUCAUCGUUAUACAAAUUGAUUCGGGUCAACGCAUGGAUUCGUCGAUUUCGUCACAACGCACUCAACAAAUUGAAACGAAUGCAAGGAGAACUGACCGUAGCAGAAAUCCAAUCCAGUUUGUUCCAGUUGGUCCGUCUCGUGCAAGCGGAAGCAUUCG